UGUUUGCUCUCUGGCAUCCAGCUGAGAGCUCCAGCCAGCCCCGAGCCAGCCGGGUGACUGCGAGUCCCCUCUGGGCUGUUUGUUCGCUGCUUGGCACUGAGCCGGGGGAAAAAAAAAAAAAAAAAAAAAAAAAAGCAGCAUUUUCCUCCCUCUUUUGAAUUUCUCCAUUCUGCUUGACUUUAAUCCCUUGUGGAGAGCCAGAAGAAAGGGUAAGAAAGAGCAGGGGCCGAAGGGACGACGGAAGAGGAGGAGGAGGAGGAGGAGAAGAGCAUCGGAGGAAGGCAGGGGCCCCACAGCCAUCGUGGGUGGAGGAAAGCAGCCCGGAGAGAGCCUGCCCGGUGGAGAUGUCCUACUUGAGCUGUGUCCUGCGGGCAGUCACCCCCCCACACCUCCUGCCACUCUGGAGAAGCCCCCGGCCCUUCAGCAGUGCCGUGGGCCCCACCACCAAGAAAAGUGUCCCCUACCAGAAGACACUGAAGGAGGAAGGGUCUGGGAGCAGGGAGCCCUGCCAGCCCCCCCCAGCCUCAGCCGAGGUGGUGGUGAUUGGGGGGGGCAGCCUGGGCUGCCAGACCACCUACCACCUGGCCAAGCUGGGGGUCACCAACGUCGUGCUGCUGGAGAGGGACCGCCUGACCUCGGGCACCACUUGGCAUACAGCUGGUCUGCUGUGGCAGCUGCGUCCCAGCGAUGUGGAAGUGGAGCUGCUGGCCCACACACGGGAUGUGGUCAGCCGGGAGCUGCCGGCAGAGACGGGGCUGGACUCGGGCUGGGUGGAGAACGGGGGCCUCUUCAUCGCCUCCAACAGGCAGCGCCUGGAUGAGUACAAGAGGCUGAUGUCGCUGGGGAAGGUUUAUGGAGUGGAGUCCUACGUCCUGACCCCCUCACAGACCAAGGACCUCUACCCUCUGAUGAACACUGAUGACCUCUAUGGCACCUUGUAUGUCCCCAAGGAUGGCACCAUGGAUCCAGCUGGGACCUGCUCCACCCUUGCCAGAGCAGCAGCUGCCAGAGGCGCUACGAUCAUUGAGAACUGCCCGGUCACCAGCAUCCAGGUCAGAACUGAUGAUUUUGGGGUGAAGAGGGUGCACGCUGUGCAGACAGCCCACGGGACCAUCCGGACUCCCUGUGUGGUGAACUGUGCAGGUGUGUGGGCACCAGCCCUGGGCCGGCUGGCAGGUGUCCACGUGCCACUGGUGGCGAUGCAUCACGCCUAUGUGGUGACCGAACGCAUCGAGGGCAUCCAGAACAUGCCAAACGUUCGGGAUCAUGAUGCCUCAGUCUAUCUCCGUCUCCAAGGCGAUGCCCUCUCCGUGGGUGGAUAUGAGUCAAACCCCAUCUUCUGGGAGGAGGUAUCUGAAAAAUUUGCCUUUGGCCUCUUUGAUUUGGACUGGGAUGUUUUCAUGCAGCACAUUGAAGGUGCCAUCAACAGAGUGCCAGUGCUGGAGCAAACGGGCAUUAAAUCCACUGUCUGUGGGCCAGAGUCAUUCACAGCUGACCACAAGCCACUCAUGGGGGAAGCUCCAGAGGUCCGAGGCUUCUUCCUUGGCUGUGGCUUCAACAGUGCUGGGAUGAUGCUGGGAGGUGGCUGUGGGAGGGAGCUGGCUCACUGGAUCAUCCAUGGCCGGCCAGAGAAGGACAUGUUUGGCUAUGACAUCAGGAGGUUUCCCCAUUCCCUGACCAACAACAACCUCUGGAUCCGGGAGAGGAGCCACGAGUCCUAUGCCAAGAAUUAUUCUGUUGUCUUUCCCCACGACGAGCCCUUGGCAGGACGCAACGUGAGGAAGGACCCACUGCACGAGGAGCUGCUGCAGCAGGGCUGUGUUUUCCAGGAGAGACAUGGCUGGGAGAGACCUGGCUGGUUCAGCCCCAGGGGAGCAGCCCCAGUCCUGCCUUACGAUUACUAUGGUGCCUACGGCCGUGAGCAGCACAGGGACUACACCUACACCCAGCUCCUGGGGGAUGACUACACCUUUGACUUCCCUCCCCACCAUCACAUCAUCAGGAAUGAAUGCUUAACGUGCAGGAACGCCCUGGCUCUCUUUGACAUGUCUUAUUUUGGGAAAUUCUACCUGGUGGGACCUGAAGCAACAAAAGCAGCAAACUGGCUGUUCAGUGCUGACGUGAGCAAAGCUCCAGGCUCCACCACCUACACCUGCAUGCUGAACCAGCGUGGUGGCGUGGAGAGUGACCUGACUGUCAGCCGGAUCAGCCCUGGGGACACGGGCUCCCCCCUGGCCCCCAACUUCCAAGGGGAUGGCUACUACCUGGCUAUUGGUGGGGCAGUGGCUCAGCACAACUGGUCACACAUCAGCACCGUGCUGCAGGACAUGAAGCUCCAGUGCAAACUUCUGGACUGCUCAGAGGAGCUGGGAAUGAUGAGCAUCCAGGGCCCCCUGAGCCGGGUUGUCCUCCAAGAAGUGCUGGACACCGACCUCAGCAACCAAGCCUUCCCCUUCUCCACCCACAAACUCACCACAGCUGCAGGAUGCAAGGUCCGUGCCAUGAGGCUGUCAUUUGUUGGUGAGAUGGGCUGGGAGCUGCACGUGCCCAGGGCAGACUGCCUGAAGGUCUACAGGGCAGUGAUGGGAGCGGGCGCCCGGCACGGCAUCGCCAACGCGGGCUACAGAGCCAUCGACAGCCUCAGCACUGAGAAAGGGUACAGGCACUGGCACUCAGACCUGCGCCCCGAUGAUACCCCCCUAGAAGCAGGCUUGGCCUUCACCUGCAAGCUCAAGUCCAGCAUCCCCUUUCUGGGCCGGGAGGCUCUAGAGGCUCAAAAAUCCAGAGGCAUCUUCCGACGUCUCAUCUGCUUCACCACUGAGGAGAAGGUGCCGAUGUUUGGCCUGGAGGCAGUCUGGAGGAAUGGCCAGGUGGUCGGGCACAUCCGUCGGGCAGACUUUGGAUUUGCCAUCGACAAAACCAUCGCCUAUGGCUACAUCCGUGACCCCACGGGGGGCCCCGUCACCUUGGAUUUUGUGAGGAAUGGCAGCUACGAGCUGGAGAGGAUGGGAGUGACCUACCCUGCCCAGGCACACACCAAGUCCCCGUUUGACCCCGACAACAAACGUGUAAAGGGAUUUUACUGAGGGGGUGCCAGGGUGGAGAGAAGAAAGAUGCCAGGCUGGCCCCAGAGGCAGCUGGGAGAACUGGGCAAAUGUCUGCAGUGAACUCAUCAAGCAAAUUUGGGUUAAAUUAGAGGGGAGGAGGAGAAAGAGAUUCCAAAAGGUGCAAAGAUUUUGUUCCUGCGUUUUCUAAAUGAUGUGGUACCACUACAGCAAUAAUUCUUCUCCAUGGCUUAAUCUCCCUGAAAACAGUGUUUUGCUUGACUGCAAAUGAAGAGGUUUCAUUUUUUUUACUUUGCUGGAAACCCUUUCCCCCAAAAUGUAGUUUCACACUGCCUGGAAAUGAUUUUUUUUUUUUUUUUUUGACUCUACUGUUAAUACAGCUGUAGCUUCCAAA